AUGGCUGCAUUGAAGCUCUAUUUUGAUUUCAUGUCUCAACCCUCGCGGUCUGUGUACAUGUUUUUGAAAGCUUCAAAGAUACCAUUUACACCCAAACCAAUUGCACUAAGGAAAGGUGAGCAUUUUACGGAGGAGUUCAAGAAGAUUAAUCCGCUGUCACGAGUGCCAGUUAUUGAUAAUAAUCAAUUUGUUUUAACAGAAAGUGUUGCCAUCCUGAAGUAUCUGUGCGUGAAGUACAAUGUGGCAGACCACUGGUAUCCACGUGACCUCCAGGCUCAGGUUAGAGUGGACGAGUACAUGAGCUGGCAUCACCUAGGAUUACGGAUAGCUGCUGCCUCACUCUUCAGGGAAAAGUUGAUAAUACCAAUGGCAAAGGGAAAGCCAAUUAAUCAAGAAAAAGUCCAAAGAUGGAAAAAGCUGGUGAAUGAGGCCCUGGAUGGACUCGAGACAGCUUUCUUGAAAACGCCGUUUGUUAGCGGAAAUGAAAUCUCUGUGGGUGACGUGCUGGGUGUGUGUGAGCUGACUCAGCUGUAUGCUGUCAAAGAAGAGGCCCUUUUUACCCAGAGACCGCUGGUCAAUGCUUGGGUGGAGAGAGUGACACAGAGGCUCCAGCCUCACUUUGACGCGGCUCAUCAGAUGAUAUACCGAGUGAGGGACAGAUAUGACGAUAUGAAAAUGGCCAAACUCUGAUGCACUAGUUGUGAAGGGCUAUUGAGGAUAAUGCACAUGAAAAAACUUUUCAUGCAAGAAGAAGCUUUGAACUCCAGAUAUUUUAAUGCAAAUCUUGAAUUUUUCAGCUAAAUAUUGUGAAA